UAGCCGGCUUUAUGCCACAUUAACUUUUCUAAUUUGAAUAAAUAUCACAAUAAUUUGCUCAUCAAGUCCUCAUAUAAAUAAGAGAUUUUAGCAUUCAAUUCAAAGCAGUCAAAAUGUAUUUAAAAUUGAACCACUUCUGUCUACUUUUGAUGCCGGUUUCAAUCCUUGGCUCGGCUUUUAAUUACACCAACUGUGAUCAAGCUAAGCAGCCGAAAUUUUUGAGCUCUUGCUGUCAUGUGCAAUGGCAUGAUAAGACCAGCGAUUCUUGUCGCAAGUCCUUGCUUAAGGAGAAGGCACAAUUGGACAAAGUAGAGCUCCAUGCGUGCAUGGCCGAGUGUGUUUUCAAGAUCAGCGGCUAUUUCCUGACCAAUGGAUCAAUAAAUGUGGAAGCCAUACAAAGGAACUAUCAGCAGCAAUAUAAAAACGAUUCUACCAUGUCACAACUGAUAAGCAAGAGCCUUAACAUAUGUGCGGACUACGCUCGGAAGCGCUCCGAACAAUUCCAGUGGAUGAGCUCCAAGGGUCAGUGUGAUUAUUUGCCAGCCACAUUAAUGGCCUGCAUAAUGGAGCAGGUAUACGAGAAUUGCCCCGCAUCUAGAUGGAAAAUUUCCAAUGAAUGUCAAGCCAUGCGUAAAUAUCUCUUGGCUUGCGAUGAUGUGAGGAGUUAA